AUGAAUAGCGCUCGUUGUAUAUUAUCAGAAAAUGACUGUAAAAUAUUUCAAACUAUUACUGAUGAAUGGCACAACUCUAUCAAUAUUGAGGAAUGUUUUUUAACGUGGGAAUCAAAGAGUAAAUGCAAAGCUCAAUCCAAAACAUCAUUCCUGCAUACACUAUGUUUUCAUAUACGUGGGCUUGGCCUGAGAUGGGGUGAAGUAUUACUGUUAACACUGAAUGGGAAAUUUGAUGUAAUAACUUUACUGGAAACCGGUAAAUUUUGUAAAUCAACUAUUACGAAUGCAUUUCCAGAUUAUAAUAUAUUUUAUCAAAAAGGUGGGAAUCCUCAUGGAGGUGUACUGAUACUAAUUAAACAAUAUAUUCGAGUAUCUCGCAUUCAGCGUGAUGUAUGA